AUGACACCAAGUGUCAUCAUGAAAACACCACGUGACGUCAGCACAACACCACGUGACGUCAGCACAACUCCACGUGACGUCAGCACAACACCACGUGACGUCAGCACAACACCACGUGACGUCAGCACAACUCCACGUGACGUCAGCACAACUCCACGUGACGUCAGCACAACACCACGUGACGUCAGCACAACACCACGUGACGUCAGCACAACUCCACGUGACGUCAGCACAACUCCACGUGACGUCAGCACAACUCCACGUGACGUCAGCACAACUCCACGUGACGUCAGCACAACACCACGUGACGUCAGCACAACACCACGUGACGUCAGCACAACACCACGUGACGUCAGCACAACACCACGUGACGUCAGCACAACUCCACGUGACGUCAGCACAACUCCACGUGACGUCAGCACAACUCCACGUGACCACAACACCACGUGA